AUGCGGUGCGCUUUCGUCGCGGCUUCGCUGCUCGGGGCCGCCACCCUCGGGUCUGCCAAGGACGAUGAAAAGAAAAUCGACGGCCCCGUCAUCGGGAUCGAUUUGGGGACUACCUACUCUUGCGUCGGCAUCUACAAGAACGGCCGCGUCGAGAUCAUCCCCAACGACCAAGGGAACCGCAUUACCCCCUCCUACGUCGCGUUCACGGACGAGGAGCGCUUGAUCGGUGAGGCCGCCAAAAACCAGGCGACCAUCAACCCAUCACAGACGCUUUUUGACGUGAAGCGCUUGAUCGGGCGUCGCUUCAAGGAUUCCACGGUACAGAAGGACAUGAAGUUGCUGCCGUUCAAGAUCGUCGACAAGGGUGGGAAGCCUUUCAUCAAUGUGAAGGUGAAAGGAGAGGCCAAGGACCUACAGCCAGAGGAGGUUUCCGCCAUGAUCUUGACGAAGAUGAAGGAGACUGCCGAGAAUUACUUGGGCAAGGAGGUCAACCACGCAGUGGUCACUGUGCCAGCGUACUUCAACGAUGCGCAGAGGCAGUCCACGAAGGACGCGGGCACCAUCUCUGGUAUGAACAUCCUCCGGAUCAUCAACGAGCCUACAGCAGCGGCCAUCGCGUACGGUCUGGACAAGAAGACCGAGAAGAACAUCCUCGUGUACGAUCUGGGCGGUGGCACCUUUGACGUCAGCUUGCUCACUAUCGACAACGGCGUUUUCGAGGUGGUCGCCACCAGCGGCGACACGCACCUGGGCGGCGAGGACUUCGACCAGCGCGUCAUGGCGCACUUCGUCAAGAUCUUCCAGAAGAAGCACGGCAAAGACAUGUCCAAGAACCAGAAGUCUAUCCAAAAGCUCCGCCGCGAAGUCGAGAAGACGAAGCGUGCCCUGAGCUCCACGCAGCAGGCUCGCAUCGAGAUCGAGGGGCUUUUCGAAGGCGUGGACUUCUCUGAGACGCUCUCGCGCGCUCGUUUCGAGGAGAUCAACGCCGACCUGUUCAAGAACACCAUUGGCCCCGUCAAGCAGGUCUUGGAUGAUUCUGGCCUCAAGAAGAACCAGAUCGACGAGAUCGUGCUCGUCGGCGGCUCCACGCGCAUCCCGAAGGUGCAGCAGCUGAUCAAGGAGUUCUUCAACGGCAAGGAGCCGAACCGUGGUAUCAACCCGGACGAGGCGGUGGCCUACGGAGCCGCUGUGCAGGCUGGCAUUUUGAGCGGCGAGGGUGGCCAGGAUCUCCUUCUGCUCGACGUCACUCCUCUCACGCUGGGUAUCGAGACUGUCGGAGGCGUAAUGACCAAGUUGAUAGGCCGGAACACUGUCAUCCCGACCAAGAAGUCGCAGAUCUUCUCCACCUACCAGGACAACCAGCCGGCAGUGAACAUCCAGGUCUUUGAGGGCGAGCGGCCCAUGACGAAGGACAAUCACCAGUUGGGCAAGUUCGAGCUCGGUGGGAUCCCACCUGCGCCGCGUGGUCAGCCGCAGAUCGAAGUUACCUUCGAGAUCGACUCCAACGGCAUUCUGGCCGUCGGCGCCCAGGACAAGGGCACUGGCAAGGAGGAGAAGAUCACCAUCACCAACGACAAGGGUCGGCUGACGGAGGAGCAGAUCGAGAAGAUGAUCAAGGAGGCGGAACAGUUCGCGGACGAGGACAAGAAGGUCAAGGAGCGCGUGGACGCCAAGAACGCAUUCGACGGCUACAUCCAUUCGAUGAGGUCUGCGACUGAAGGUUCUGGCGAGAACAAGGGCCUGAGUGAGAAGAUGGACUCCGAGGAGAAAGAGAAGAUCCUUGACGCCCUCAAGGACGGGCAGUCCUGGCUGGACUCCAACCCCGAAGCCGAGCCCGAGGAGAUCAAGGAGAAGCACAAGGAGGCAGCCCUGAAGCCCUUCGCGGCCGCGCCGCCGAUCGUGAAGGCCAAGCAUGCCGCGAUAAGGGAGCACGCAGAGCUGCUGGUGGCGCUGUGCAGGGCGCGCAGCUGGAGGGGGGCUGGGAUCGAGCCCUGCAUGGCCAAGGCCGUGGGGAAGGUGGCGGUCGACAUGGCGCGGCAGGUGAAGAAGACAGAGGCCGAGGACAUGCAGCAGAAGAUCGCCGAACGCAUCAUGGGAUGUGACGAGACGGGCGCGGAGGAACAGGCCGCCGACAACGACGACGACUCGGUCGACGUAGCGCUGGCCGACAGCGUGUUGGAGGCCGCCUUCGACGACCCCGAGGGCGACGAGGCAAGCCAGAGAGGCUACAUGAUGCUCAAGGGGGUUGACGUCAAACAGUACGCGGUGAGCGCAUCGACGGCGAUGAACCUUCCGAUCGCGAGGUGGCCAUGCGGCGCGCAGAAGCCGCGCGACAUGACGCGUUUGCGGGGGCGCCCGAUCGGGCGGUCGGUGCACGGCGAGAAGCGGCGCGACGAGCGCGGCGACGACCUGCUGCAGCUGAAGGACACGCGCCCGACCGUCGAGAAGAAGCAGGUGGCGCAGGUCAAUGUUGCGUGGUUCGAGUGUUUCCAGACAGCGCUCGACAACCUCUCGUCGCUGGGCGAGAAGCUUGACCAAGAUGCAGCGGCAGACAUGAAGAAGAUCAAGGCGAUCUACGCGCGCGAGUUCGACGACGAGACGGUCCGGCACACCGAGAAGGACGACAACAAGAAGCACUUCGCCACCAGCAUCACGAAGGGAUUGGCAAGGUGGCCCAACGGCCGCGCGCGGCAGCUGCCCGACUCCGCCGCGCUCGGGCGCGGCUUCCUCCGCGACUCCCCAGAGCACGGCGGCGGCGCGAUGCGGUGUGCCUUCGUCGCGGCCUCCCUGCUCGGGGCCGCCACCCUCGGGUCUGCCAAGGACGAUGAGAAGAAGAUCGACGGCCCCGUCAUCGGGAUCGACUUGGGGACCACCUACUCUUGCGUCGGCAUCUACAAGAACGGCCGCGUCGAGAUAAUCCCCAACGACCAGGGAAACCGCAUCACCCCCUCCUACGUCGCGUUCACGGACGAGGAGCGCCUGAUCGGUGAGGCCGCCAAGAACCAGGCGACCAUCAACCCAUCACAGACGCUUUUCGACGUGAAGCGCUUGAUCGGGCGUCGCUUCAAGGAUUCCACGGUACAGAAGGACAUGAAGUUGCUGCCGUUCAAGAUCGUCGACAAGGGUGGGAAGCCUUUCAUCAAUGUGAAGGUGAAGGGAGAGGCCAAGGACCUGCAGCCGGAGGAGGUCUCCGCCAUGAUCCUGACGAAGAUGAAGGAGACUGCCGAGAAUUACUUGGGCAAGGAGGUCAACCACGCAGUGGUCACCGUGCCAGCGUAUUUCAACGACGCGCAGAGGCAGUCCACGAAGGAUGCGGGCACCAUCUCUGGUAUGAACAUCCUCCGCAUCAUCAACGAGCCUACGGCAGCGGCCAUCGCGUACGGUCUGGACAAGAAGACCGAGAAGAACAUCCUCGUGUACGAUCUGGGCGGUGGCACCUUCGACGUCAGCUUGCUCACCAUUGACAAUGGCGUGUUCGAGGUGGUCGCCACCAGCGGCGACACGCACCUGGGCGGCGAGGACUUCGACCAGCGCGUCAUGGCGCACUUCGUCAAGAUCUUCCAGAAGAAGCAUGGCAAGGACAUGUCCAAGAACCAGAAGUCUAUCCAGAAGCUCCGCCGCGAAGUCGAGAAGACGAAACGUGCCCUGAGCUCCACGCAGCAGGCCCGCAUCGAGAUCGAGGGACUCUUCGAAGGCGUGGACUUCUCCGAGACGCUUUCGCGCGCUCGCUUCGAGGAGAUCAACGCCGACCUGUUCAAGAACACCAUUGGCCCCGUCAAGCAGGUCUUGGAUGAUUCUGGCCUCAAGAAGAACCAGAUCGACGAGAUCGUGCUCGUCGGCGGCUCCACGCGCAUCCCGAAGGUGCAGCAGCUGAUCAAAGAGUUCUUCAACGGCAAGGAGCCGAACCGUGGUAUCAACCCGGACGAGGCGGUGGCCUACGGAGCCGCUGUGCAGGCUGGCAUCUUGAGCGGCGAGGGUGGCCAGGAUCUCCUUCUGCUCGACGUCACUCCUCUCACGCUGGGUAUCGAGACCGUCGGAGGCGUGAUGACCAAGCUGAUCGGCCGGAACACUGUCAUCCCGACCAAGAAGUCGCAGAUCUUCUCCACCUACCAGGACAACCAGCCGGCAGUGAACAUCCAGGUUUUCGAGGGCGAGCGGCCCAUGACAAAGGACAAUCACCAGUUGGGCAAGUUCGAGCUCGGUGGGAUCCCACCUGCGCCGCGUGGUCAGCCGCAGAUCGAAGUUACUUUCGAGAUCGACUCCAACGGCAUUCUGGCUGUCGGCGCCCAGGACAAGGGCACUGGCAAGGAGGAGAAGAUCACAAUCACCAACGACAAGGGUCGGCUGACGGAGGAGCAGAUCGAGAAGAUGAUCAAGGAGGCGGAACAGUUCGCGGACGAGGACAAGAAGGUCAAGGAGCGCGUGGACGCCAAGAACGCGUUCGACGGCUACAUCCACUCGAUGAGGUCCGCGACUGAGGGCUCUGGCGAGAACAAGGGCCUGAGUGAGAAGAUGGACUCCGAGGAGAAAGAGAAGAUCCUUGACGCCCUCAAGGACGGGCAGUCCUGGCUGGACUCCAACCCCGAAGCCGAGCCCGAGGAGAUCAAGGAGAAGCACAAGGAGGUGGAGAACAUCUGCGCCCCCAUCGUCUCUAAGUACUACGGCUCUGGGGGCGGAAGCGGAGGUGGAGGCGACGAGGAGGACGAGGACGAGGCGCACGACGAGCUGUGA